GUCCUGGCAUGCUCUGGUCACACUACCGUAGCACGUGGGAAAAACAACUGUGGAGGCAUUUUCUGUGGACAAAUAUAUAAUUUUAUAUAAAAACGGCAUAUAUUCGGCAUAAAUAUGUCGAAUCUGUAUGUGCUGUACGAGCAUGCGGCGGGCUUCUCGCUCUUCUCCGUCAAGGAGUUCGAGGAGGUGUCCAUGUUCCUGCCCCAGGUGGAGUCCUCGGUGACGGAUAUUGCCAAGUUUAACUCCAUUGUGAAGCUGGCUGGAUUUGCUCCCUUUAAGACGGCAAUCGCCGCGUUGGAGAACAUCAAUGCCAUUUCCGAGGGAAUUGUGCCGCAGGAUCUGCUCACCUUCCUCGAUGAUUUCUUUGCCAAGCUGAAGAAGAAGAAGUGCACCCUGGGCAUUGCUGAUGCCAAGUUGGGAGCAGCCAUCACCGAGGCAAUUGGCGUGCAAUGCAGUCACUUUGGAGUUGUUCCCGAGAUUCUUCGCGGCGUGCGAUUCCAUUUCGCCAAGCUGGUCAAGGGAUUCACUGACAAGUCGGCGGGCGUUGCUCAGCUGGGUUUGGGCCACAGCUAUUCACGUGCCAAGGUCAAGUUCAACGUUCAUCGUUCGGACAACAUGAUCAUCCAGUCGAUUGCUCUGCUGGAUCAGCUGGACAAGGAUGUGAAUACUUUCUCCAUGCGUAUACGCGAGUGGUACUCGUACCACUUCCCAGAACUGGUCAAAAUCGUUCCCGACAACUACAUGUUCGCCAAGUCUGCCAAGUUUAUCAAGGAUCGCAAGAACCUGACGCAAGAUCAGCUCGAGGACCUUGAGAAGAUCGUGAUGGACUCGGCCAAGGCGCAGGCUAUCAUCGAUGCCGCCAAGAUGUCCAUGGGCAUGGACAUCUCUAUCGUGGAUCUGAUGAACAUUGAGCUCUUUGCCGAGCGCGUUGUAAAGCUCUCCGAGUACCGAAAGAAGUUGUCCACAUACUUGCACAACAAGAUGAACCUGGUGGCGCCCAAUUUGCAGUCUUUGAUUGGCGACCAGGUCGGCGCUCGCUUGAUUUCGCACGCUGGCAGUUUGACCAAUCUGGCCAAGUACCCGGCAUCGACGGUACAGAUCCUGGGCGCUGAGAAGGCGCUCUUCCGCGCUCUGAAGACCCGCUCCAAUACGCCCAAGUAUGGUUUGAUCUACCACUCUUCGUUCAUCGGUCGUGCUGGCCUGAAGAACAAGGGUCGUAUCUCUCGGUUCCUAGCCAACAAGUGUUCCAUUGCCUCGCGUAUUGAUUGCUUCCUGGAGCAGCCCACCAGCGUUUUUGGCGAAACGCUGAAGCAGCAAGUCGAGGAUCGACUCAAGUUCUACGAGUCUGGCGAUGUGCCCCGAAAGAACAUCGAGGUCAUGAAGGAGGCCAUCGAGGCAGCCGGUCAGGAGACUGCAGCCACUGCUCAGUCCGAGAAAAAGAAGAAGAAGAAGAAGCGCGCGGCUGAGGAUGAGGCGGAGGCGAAUGGUGCCAGCAAUGGAAAUGGAGCCGACGCUGAGGCAAAUAAUGGCAACGGGGACGUUGAUGGAGAGCCAAAAAAGAAGAAGAAAAAGAAGAACAAGAACAAGGAGGCCGUGGAGGCGUAAUUGUCCCACCCACAUUCAGCUUAGUCUUAAGUCCAAAAUAACGUUUUACUUUACACACUUCUUUUGUAUUCUCCUUGACCCCAACGGAUCCCAUUCAAAAUUCAAUAAACCAUAUUACUUAGGGUA